AUGCCGAAGGUAUUACCCAGAGACCCUAGAAGUUUGGCGCGAGUGGUAGUGUUGCAGGCCGGAUUUGCCAGUGACCUGCGAGGGGGUCUCGAACAGCCCAGACUAGAAUGGCUGAUUGAAGAAAAUCUGGUUCGCGCCAGAGAUGCCAAAAACGUGCUGGCAGCUUCUCAACCCCUGUUGCGGGGACUCCUUGAGAAUCGCCAGGAAUUGGACAAACUGAUUCAGACUUACGCGCCCGCAUGGCCUGUCCAUUUGUUGGCGCCAAUUGACCGCAAUAUACUGCGGAUUGCCCUUUACGAAUUGCUCUACCACACAGAUACUCCCGCCAAGACAGCAAUCAACGAAGCCGUUGAACUGGCCAAGGUUUUCGGUAGCGAAAGCUCGGCGCGUUUUGUUAACGGUGUUCUCGGUACGGUUAUGACGGCCUUGUCGCGGGGCGAAUUGAAUUAA